AUGACCGAGGAAGAGUUGUCCAUCCAAUAUUUUGACGUGCCUGCAAGUGUUCGAGCAGUCAGGUGCGCAGGUGCCGACGAGGAAAGAUGUGGUGGAAGCCAUGCAGCGCAGGGUUUGUUGGACUUUGGUGACCUCGUGAAGGUCCUAGCCCUUAACCCGCACGGGUACCCUAAGCUUCCCAAUCUUCAGCCGGUGACCACAGCUGUGUGCCAUGACCUAGCAUGCACAGAUGGGGAUGGAGAGUGGACAAUCUGUCAUGGCGAAUCUCUUGAUUUGCAAUGUGCUGCACCCGACAACGCCAGGAAGCCUUGCCCUGUCGAGUUGCCUGACCUUGCAGAGGCCAUCGAGGCCUUGGAUGCAGCCACAGCAGCCAGAAGUUUGUGUGCCGUGCAGCGUUCCAGCGGCGCGGCAGCGCACGCCGAACCGGUUGACAUCGAGGUUGUUGUGGACUCAGGGUCCGAUGCUUCUUGCUUGCCGAUGAGUUGGGGAACGAUCGGGCAAUCCGGCGGUGCCGACUCCCAGUGGUACCGCGAUGCCCAAGGAGACCGCAUAUCAGGCCGAGAGAUGCGCACGGCCACGAUUGAGAUUGCUGGGGUAAAGUUCCGUGAGCAUUGGCUGCUUUCGAGCGUUACCCAGCCUCUCUUUUGUGUUGGCAAGCUGAUGAAGCGAAAUGGUUGGGACAUCAUCCAUGAUGCUGACAGGGUUCCACACCUCACGAGCCCUGAUGCUAGAGUCCGCGUCCCCCUGUUUUACAAGAACUACAGCUUGCAUGCAAAAGGUUUCAUCCGAGGAGUCACGGCCUCCGAGGCCGAUGGUCAGCCAGGCAUCAGAGCACUUGAGGUUUCAGGCCCAUGGCUUGAGUUGUCUGAGGAAUUUCAUGAAGUUGCUCCUCUUGUGUAUGCCCGGCGGGACUUCAGCGGUUGCUUCGUUGAUUGUUCAGUGGCAUUGUCAGUGCCUCACCUGAGCCUUGGAGUGCAGUACCGCACGACGCUUGUGCAGGACGGUUCGAGUUGGAAUGUCAUCGAGUUGAAUCAGGAUCUGUCUUUGCUUGAACAGCCCGAAGCCGAGUUCGAGCCGAAGCAAACGCGGCAUGUGAUCACAAUUGCGUCUUGUGACAAGAUUGAUGUUGAUGUGCUGUUUAAUCAAACUGCAACCGGCCCGCCAGAGGCCGAGCACGAUGCAAACAUGUCCGAAGCAGGGCUUCCUGAGUUCCCUGCUGAGUCCCUUGAUGAAUUGCUUGAAGAUGCGCCGGCCGGAGGGAUUGGAGAGGUUGACCCGAGUGAAGCCCCCAUCGGUGCCGACACAAGUGCAGCGCCAGACAACUCAGAGCCCGCCAGAGGCCACAUCGUUGUUGAUGGAGUUGAGCUGCAUGAAGGUUGCAAUCUUAAGACAUUGCGUGCUGCGUGCAAAGCUCUAGGCAUAGGCCAGAGUGGCGGCAAAGCCACGGUGCUGGAGCGUCACCAAGUCCAGCAUGAUUCGAUUGCUUUUCAAAGCGAGCCGCGUCAGCAAGCUCCCGUAGCUACUCCGACGCCCGAGCAAAUCAGAUUGCACUGCCUGAAUCACAUCCCGUACCAGCCAUGGUGUGAGCACUGCAUCAAGUUCCAGGAUGCCCACACUGGUGCCUGUGCUGCUAUCCCUACACCUGCCAAGGGAGGUUCGAUAGCUUUUCGUUUUCUAGUUGCCGAGCUUUGCAAGUUCAUCAGCUUUUGCGGUCAUUCUGAAGUCACCCUGCGAUCUGACGGCGAGCCCACUUGCCGAGCGCUGCAACAGGGUGUAAAGGACUUUAGGGAUAAGCUUAAGCUUGUUACGCACCUUGAGCAAGUCGAGAAGGACAGCCAUGAAGGCAAUCCAGCAGAGCAGGCAGUCGAGCAGCUCAGACAGUUGACCGGGACACUUUUGUCUCAGCUCGAGCAUGAAAUGGGCCAGAAAAUUUCAACGAUGUCCCCGGUCCACGCGUGGGCUUGGAAGCAUGCAGCAUGGUUGCACACCAGGUAUGCGCGGACUGAAGCGCACAGCCCCUUCGAGAUCAUCACCGGCAGACCAUAUCUUGGCAAGCUAAUGAAUUUCUGCGAAGUUGUGUAUGCAAGAGUGAAGUCUUCAAUCAAAGGUAAAGCCCGUUGGGUCAAGAUGAUUUCGCUUGGAAAGCUUGGAAUUUCAGAUCUGCAUUUUGGGGCCACGCAAGGAGGUUUUCUGAUUUCCAGCCGGAGUGUGCGGCGAUUGCCUAAGCAAUUUGACGCGAAUUUUCUUGAGUACGUUCACGACAUGCCUUGGACACAAGCCUCGUUCCUGGCGGGGCAGUCAGGGCAGUCUAGGCUCCAGAAGUCGAUUGCAGGCAAGAGUGAGGAGGCCAGCGACCAAGCCAAGUUGCCAGAAGUCGUUGCCAAUGAUGGGCCGAGGCCCAUGCUGCGUCCCGAGCCUCUUGUGCCAGAUGAUACUGCUUUGUCUGCAUUUCUUCCGCCACCUCCAUUGCUGAUUUCGCCAGAGCCUCCGACCCCUUUGCGAGUGAACCCCUCGCUUGGCCGAGCUACUGAGCCUGCCACACCGGCCGAUAUGCUUCCUGCAUUGUCACCUGUUUCGGAGUCUCCAGCGCCGAUGCUGGUUGAAGAGAGUGCAAGCGCUGGCGGGGAUGCGCCAAUACCACCUGCUGCUGCAAGCAGCAGCGAUGGAUCCGCCAGCACUGGCGGAACAGUUCGCCCGGCACCCGUGCAGGCCGAGCCACCGGCCAGAAAGCGACUGAGGCUAGAUGCUGUUCAGACAGAUGCAAGCGGAAAUCAGUUGUUUCAUCAAGAUGAAGAGGUUGUCCUUGAAGGUGAGGUAGCCGAAGAAUAUCUUGAAUGUGCUGAUGCAGCUGACUGGGUUGAGUAUGAAAGUGAAGCCGAGCUUGAAGUGCCAUCUUGUUUGAUUAGGCCAUUUUCUGAAAGUGAACCAAUUUGCAGCCCUGCAGAACUUGAUGAAAUAGAUGCUGUAGCAGAUGCAUUUGAGUUUCAGCGGCUGUCUGGAAUUGGGGUCAUAAGUGAAGUGCCUGAUCGACUUGAAGGCCAUAGAACGCUUACGACCAAAAGCGUGCGGACAUGGAGGCCAAAGGUCUACAAAGGAUCGAAAGUUUGGCUGAGGCGUUCGCGCCUCGUGGCGCGGGAGUAUGCACACUUAGAUCCUGAUAGGCCUGGGUUGUUUUGCCCAACAACGAACCAGAUUAUGCUGCGUGUGAUUCCAGCGCUCUUUCUGAGACGCCGUGAGGAAGGCUGGUCGAUGCUAGCGCUCGAUGUGAGCGAUGCUUUUCUCCAGUGCAGCCAGCAGCAUCCGACGGUCACCCGCAUAGGUGAUAAGUGGUUCAAGUUGUGGCGGAUGCUCCCCGGACAACGGGACGGAAGUGUGACAUGGUACAAUGAUUUCACGAAUGAAAUGAAAGUCGCUGUCGGAGUUGAAUUGCUUCCCGAAAGCCCCACAUUGUUCAGACUGCCCAGUGGAGCAGGCGGAGGCUAUGUGCAUGUGGACGACAUGCUGGCUGCCGGCCAGACUGAACGGUUGCAGGUUCUUGAAAGUCACUUGAAGUCAAAGUUUAAGGUGUCUAGUGAGUGGCUUGAGCACAUAGGAGAUCAAGUAUCUUUCUUGAAAAGGCGCCACAUCCUUGUAAGCCCCACUUUGCUAGUGAUAGAGCCUGACAUCAAAUACCUUGAUCGCCUCAUGCAAGUCACCGGGUUAGCAAAUGCAAAAGAAAGGUACAAAGCAGCUCCGUUUCCGACCGGAGGUCUGCCCACUGAGCUCGCAUCUGAUCGUGAGUUAGAUGCAGCCACUGCCAGCCGGAAGUCUGUGAGCUCUUGUGCGAUUCUCUGGGACAACAUGCUGCUAUAUGCGCAUAGCAAAACCCAGAAGACCAUCAGCUUGAGCAGUGCUGAAUCGGAAUACAAUUCCCUUGUGUCCGCUGCGGCAGAAGGUAUUUUCUUGUCAGCAUGCAUCCGAUUCCUCCUUCCUGAUUACACGCUUGAACAGAUUUGCCUUGUAGACAACUCGGCAUGUCGAGCCCUGGCGUGCCGACAAGGAGUUGGGAAAAUGCGCCACAUCAGUGGUAAACUUCUUUGGCUUCAGCAGAUGACUAAGGACAAUGUGCUGUCCGUAGGGCCGAUCCCUACAGCUGAAAAUGUGUCGGACCUCGGCACAAAGCCGCUGAAGGCAGAGCGGAUUGAAAAGCUGCUAGGCAUGAUUGGAAUCAGAUGUGCAGACAGCAACUAUGGUGUUAUCGGGGAGUCCUAUCUCCUCUCAGCGAGGGACAAACUGCAUGUGUCCAGAGUUGUUAAACAAGGAGCGCUUAGCACCCAGCAAAUCAUCCAAGUUCUAGCCAUGCUUCUCCAAGUUGAUCGCGUCGCAAGUACAAACGAUGAGCCCAAUACGCAGAAUGCCGAGGACGCCUUGAGCCAGGACGACGACAAUCUUGGAGUGUUUGCACAGAUUCUUGAAUGGUUUGUGUACAUGUGUUACCUUGUGCGCGAUUUUGCACUUGAGUAUCCAAUUGGGAUUAUGCUGAUCAUACAACUGCUGAUCUUGAUCAUGUUGUGCUGUACACUGCUGAGUCGCAAUCGCGUUGCAGUGUUGAGGCAGCAAGCUGACAGUGAGGAAAGCAGUGCGGCAAGCAGCAACACGCCCACGCCAAGUGUUGCCGUGCAUGUGAAGGUUGAGGGUUCUACGGUUUCGCUAGUCCCGAACCUGCCGAAAACCCUAAGCUUAGCAAGCCCACUGCAGAAAGUGCCACCAGUGCGUCCAGCAGCGCAGCAGCGCGUGCCAAUGAUCAUGAUGCUCCAGACCCCAGUGCAAGCUCUUCGAGUGCCGGUGCGAUGCCGAAAGCAACGUCUUUCCCGCCUCCGAGGCACGUUAUCGAUGAGUGGAGGGCUGAGCAACUUGUAUGGGUUACCAAAUCCAGAGGCAAGUCAUAUCAUCACAGGCGGACAUGUGGAACGCUUGGGAACGCAAAGGCACUUGAAAGGAUCAGCAGGCAAGAAGCCAUCAAUCGAGGAUUCAAGAAGUGCAAAUGUUGUUACGGCAGUACUUGAAGUAAUGCUCAUGAUGCGCCAAUCCAUGGGUUCAUUGCUUUGGCACUGA